AUGGAGCAGCUAGCCACUUGGGCCAGUCCUCCCAAGCUCUACUCUCCCCACCACCACAACCGCUUUGCUUCCAAUGCAAGGCUCCCCGGCCCCAAUCGUCUCAACCGCCCGAUGCUAGGGUUUCGGAGACACGCUCCUCCGGUGAAGGCGAACGACGGAGGAGGGGCGGGGACGACGGCUGAGGCGGUGGAGACCGCGGUGGUCGAGAGGAGUCCGAAACUGCGUCGUUUUCAGGUCUCCGAUGGUCGUCCGAAUCCCUUUGGCGCCACGCCGUGCGACGGUGGCGUCAAUUUCGCCGUCUACGCCGGAAAUGCGGUUUCCGCUACUGUCUGUUUGAUCACUCCCGCCGAUUUAGAGCAGGAUAAAGUGACUGAGCAGAUCCCUCUUGAUCCUUUGAACAAUAAGACUGGUGAUGUGUGGCAUGUUUUUCUAACUGGAGAUGUCAAAGAUAUCCUCUACGGAUAUAAAUUCGAUGGCAAGUUUUCUCCGGAGGAGGGGCAUUACUAUGAUCCUUCGAAGAUUGUAAUGGAUCCUUAUGCAAAGGCAGUUAUACGCAGAGGUGAAUUUGGGAAUCUAGGUCCCAAUGGUAAUUGCUGGCCUCAAAUGGCCUGCAUGGUACCUUCUUUUGAUGAUAAGUUCAACUGGGAAGGAGAUUUACCUCUGAAUUAUCCACAAAAGGAUCUUAUCAUAUACGAAAUGCAUGUGCGAGGUUUUACAAGGCAUGAAUCGAGCAUGACUGAAUUGCCUGGUACGUACCUUGGUUUGGUGGAGAAGCUUGAUCACUUGAAGGAACUUGGGAUCAACUGUAUAGAGUUAAUGCCAUGUCAUGAGUUUAAUGAACUGGAGUACUUUGGCUACAAUUCUGUCUUGGGUGACUACAAGGUAAAUUAUUGGGGGUAUUCGACUGUCAAUUUCUUUUCACCAAUGAUAAGAUAUUCAUCUGCUGGCACACGUAACUGUGGCCGUGAUGCAAUAAAUGAAGUCAAGUUUCUUGUUAAAGAAGCACAUAGACGUGGAAUUGAGGUGAUCAUGGAUGUUGUUUUCAAUCACACAGCUGAAGGGAAUGAAAAUGGUCCGAUUUUGUCUUUUAGAGGUGCUGACAACAGUGUCUAUUACAUGCUUGCACCUAAGGGAGAGUUUUAUAAUUAUUCAGGGUGUGGUAACACAUUCAAUUGCAACCAUCCUGUUGUGCGACAGUUCAUAGUAGAUUGCUUGAGAUAUUGGGUAACAGAGAUGCACGUGGAUGGGUUCCGCUUCGAUCUUGCUUCUAUUAUGACCAGGGGUACCAGUCUCUGGGAUUCAACUAAUGUAUACGGGAGUGUGAUAGAAGGUGACCUGUUGACAACUGGAACCCCUCUCGCUAGUCCUCCAUUGAUUGACAUGAUUAGUAAUGACCCAAUACUUCAUGGAGUGAAGCUGAUAGCUGAAGCUUGGGAUGCAGGAGGCUUGUACCAACUUGGCAUGUUUCCUCAGUGGGGUAAUUGGUCAGAAUGGAAUGGGAAGUAUCGUGACACAGUGCGGCAGUUUAUCAAGGGUACAGAUGGCUUUUCUGGGGCUAUGGCCAAAUGCCUUUGUGGGAGCCCUAAUUUGUACCAGGAAGGGGGAGGAAGACCAUGGAACAGCAUCAAUUUUAUUUGUGCACACGAUGGCUUUACUUUAGCUGAUUUAGUAACCUAUAACAACAAACAUAACCUGGCAAAUGGAGAAGACAACAAUGACGGAGAGAAUCAUAAUAAUAGCUGGAACUGUGGACAGGAGGGAGAAUUCGCAAGCAUUUCAGUGAGAAAACUGAGGAAACGUCAAAUGCGGAAUUUUUUCGUCUGCCUCAUGGUUUCCCAAGGUGUUCCGAUGAUAUAUAUGGGUGAUGAAUAUGGUCAUACAAAAGGGGGUAACAACAACACAUAUUGCCAUGAUAAUUAUAUUAAUUACUUCCGGUGGGAUAAGAAGGAAGAGUCUUCAUCGGAUUUUUUCAGAUUUUGCUGUCUUAUGACCAAAUUCCGCCAGGAAUGUGAGUCACUUGGUUUGAAUUACUUCCCAACAGCAGAGAGGCUGCAGUGGCAUGGUCUUGCUCCUGGGGUGCCAGACUGGUCUGAAACUAGCCGCUUUGUGGCCUUUACUCUGGUUGACUCGGUGAAGAGAGAGAUCUACAUUGCCUUCAACGCCAGUCAUUUACCAGUGAAUGUAUCACUGCCAGAGAGGCAUGGAUACAGAUGGGAACCCUUGGUAGACACCAGCAAGCCUUCACCCUUUGACUUCCUGUCUAGUGACGUCCCACAAAGAGAUAUUGCAGUUAAACAGUAUGCUCACUUUCUUGACGCCAAUUUAUACCCGAUGCUAAGUUAUUCUUCAAUCAUCCUAUUGCUCGCCCCAGUCGAAGAUGCUUAGCUGAGCACAGGUGCCAAUGUAGCUCAAAGUACCACUGUCUGAUAUCGCUGCAAAAUAAAUUAGUGCACCCCUCUAUAAUUUAGCAACACUAGGAGUCUGAAUAAAAUCACAAAGAUGCGGUACAUAAAAGAGUUGCAGGUGAAGAUCUUAUGGAAAUAGGUCGCACCAUUGUUGAAAACGGGGAAUGAAAAUCAUCAUCAGGUUCUGCACUCUAGAACAAUAAAGAUGAAUAAAUCUUGUUCACUUGUAAAUUGUCGUGUAGAAGCUCAUGUAGCAAGACAUUGUACACUCCUCUUACAAUCCAUCCUUAUUUUAGCUGCCUCCAUUAUAAUUG